AUGAUUGCCCCCAACUCCAACCUCGAAAAGAUGCAGAGCAUGUUCUACUUCGACGGGAAGCUCAUCCCGGAGCCCGAGUACGAUCCUCGUCAGGUCAGCAACUGGGUGAACGUCUACAUCAAGUCACGGGACUCUGACUCCGACGACGAAACCCUCAUGCGCACAGUCGCCGCAUACAUUCGAACCAGCACCGCUUCGAUCUCUGUCCAUGCCAAGCACCACGACCAUCCACUGUGCGUCUCGAUCAAGGUGCCCGGAGACUACCAUUCCAGCAAAGCCUCUAUUCUCGCGGCGGCCGAGCUGCAGGCUGACUACUAUUGCCAGGAGAUUCGAAAUGGGAGAGUGCGCAUCAAUCGAGCACUGCUUUUCAGACGUCAGAUGCAAGACCGGCGUUGA